UGAACUCCUCAGCUGGCUGCACAUGUCAGGUCCUCCCCAUCCCUCCACACAGAGUCCGCCCCCCUCUCCUCAGCUGCUGUCCGGGGAGUCCAGCUCAUCCAGCAGCAGCAGCAGCAGCAGACCUGUGGAGGAAGCAAACACCACCACACCUACUUCACCUGGUUUAUUUGUUAACCGACACAUCAUGAUGGGAGUUACAGGAGCAGUCUGGAACAAGCCUGCAGGUGUCCUGUAAGUGACAGACCCAGCUGGUGGUUGCUCCCUGCUCGCUGAGCGUUUCCACAUCUGCCAGAUGAGCUGAGAGAAGCAGGAGGAACCAUGAUCGACCUGAGCCACCUGACGGAGGAGGAGCAGGGGGCGAUAAUGACGGUGCUGAGGAGGGACGCCGAACUGAAGAAGGCUGAGGAGGAGAGAAUCAGGAAACUGGAGCAAAUACUAGACAGCGGCUCGCAGUCCGACACCGAGCUGAAGUACCUGUCUGGAGAGUGGUUCUACGAGGCCAAGUCUCGCAGACACAUGGACACGAUCCACGGCUCGGAGAUCAUCCUGGCCUCCAUGAAACAGAGGAAACCUGGUUUAGACGGUUCUCUCAGAAGUGAACGAUCAAGGACGCCCAGCAGUCGAGGUUCAGACAUCGUCGCUCCACCAAAACCUGCCAGAUGUUUGGAAACACUACAGCCGCAGGAGAUCAACGAUGCAGAAAAAGAGAAUCUAAAUUCAGCGGGCCGCUCUCCAAGAUCGCCGAGGCACAACCCUUUCAACCGUGCUUCCCUUAUUGUUGUUGCCCCAUCCGAAGAUGAUGAUGACACGUCAACCAGUCACGACCAGGAGUCAUCUGAGACAGAGCCCAUAUUUCCACUGAAGAGCCACCAAGCAGAGGCCAAUCAGACUUCGGGUGGCUCCCUCACAUCAGAGGGCUCCUCUGUAGGUUUAAGGCCAGUGCCAAAGAGGAGGACAUUUCUCUCAAGACGUACCUCCAGUCAGUCAGAAAGCAACAGCCUGGUGUUAGACGCUCUGGGAGGGUCAGCGGGGAUUGUUCCCGCCCCAAGACGGAGCCUCCAACGAAGGUCCAGUGAGAGCUCUAACCAGUCCUACCUGAAGGGCCAAUAUGAAAUGCCGCAGAAAAGGAUUGAUUCUAAUCAAGAAUCUCAGCCAUCCAAACCUCUAGAUGAAAACUCCCAGCAGCCUCUCUGUGAUGUAUCUCAGGUUUCGUCUAAUUCCAGUCUGGAGAGAGAAAGAAAGCCACCUUCUAUAACAAGAGACAGAUCAGCCACGUACAAGAGGAGUGAUACCUCCACUGACAGAGAGAUCCCACAGGAGAGCGAUGAAAUAGAUGAUCGGACACAAAGAGAACAUGCGGCGUUGAACACUGUCGUCCUGCACACAGGCAGCAUUCAGGAUUCAGACAGAGAAAACGACAGCAGCGUGGGAGCAGCAAUGAGGCAGGAAGAGCUGAGUCUGCCCCGGAGCACUGUGGAUCCAGAUCCUCCAGUAUCUUAUGAUCUCAAUUUCAUUGAUAAAUCUGAUCAGCAAACGCAGAAGAAAUCCAACCAGAAACACGCGUUUCAAUUAUCCACUCAGACCACCAGUCCCACCGGCGAUGAAGACUCCAUCGCGAAGGUGCUGGACUGGUUCAGCCGCAGCACAGACAGCCUCGAUUGGCAAAACACCGAAGACGGUCCAAAGUCCACAAAUAGCUCUGAUAAACAAGUAGAAAUCAGGAAAUUAAGAGUUGAAGAUUUAUUACAAAAAGAUGUUGGGGAUAUUAUAAGCAAUAGAAAGAAUGAACCCCUUGAAAUGAGGAGAAAACACUUCCAAAGACAGACCAGUGAGGCCAAAGAGUUAAGAGCUACAGACAGAGAAACACAAGAAGAGGUGAAAGGGGAUACCAGAGACAGAAUGCGGUCACAGGAAGUUAAAGAUGAUAACGAUGAAAGCCAACCAAACCAAAUCUCUGAUCUGAAGUCAUUCUGGGAGAAAAGCGACACGGGACCUAAAAUACUUAUCGGCAAAGGCGACAAAGGACAAAAACCUGUUUACCUCUCACCGGAGAAAGAUGAGGAGAAAUUGGACAAACCCGACAGAGCGCCUGAUAUGCCCACUGUGCCUGGAAUAUACAACGGGAAGGGGAUUCAUGAUCAGCAGAAAGAUACUGGAGAUGAUGUCCACUCAAGAUACAACUCAGAUUAUUUAAAGUUAGCAGCCAGUCCCCAAGAAGCUGACAGAAGAGGUUCAGACACUGAGAUCUUAUGUGUAACCAGACUUGGUCCACAGCCAAGAACACCCAUCCAGUCUAGUCCACAACCUGACAGUAUUUCCCAAUCUAGAGAAACCUCACUGCAAGAAGAACUGUCCAAGACUAUUCCUGUGUCUCAGCUGGAUACAGAUCCAGACUCUGAGAAGCUCUAUUUAUCCAGAAACAGCCCAUCUGUGGACUACAAAACACCAAUGCGUAGAGGUUUAAGUGAAGAUCCACUGACGAGGGAUAGUGAGGAUAAAAGCGUGGAAUCAGGCGUGUCUUCUAAACGAAAGGAGGAUACAUCUAGUAAAGACAGAAUUAUCAGUCCUCACUCAAACAGACAAGGUGUACCGCGUCAAGAAAGUACUGAGAAGAUAAAGCAGCUCAAAUCUUUCUGGGAGCAGGAGAGGAAUUCUCCGUUUUACACCGGCAAACCUAAAGCUCUUGGUGAUGGGAAAGUCGCUCGUGGUGCAAAUCAAGGAAAACUGACUAAAAGAUAUACGAAGUCAGAGUACGAUCUGACAUCAAUUGGAAAUUAUUCAGGCAGCGAUGAAGGAGACUCCGAUAGAAAUCAUCACAAUCUUACCGUUCUUCCUUUGAAUCAAAGAAUAGACAAACUGUCCCCUAGCCUGAGCACGAGCCGAACACAGUUUAAUACUCUGCGUCAGUUCUGGGGCGUGUCCGCGUCAGAUACCAAAGGAUCGGUUUCAUCCGACAAACCCAAAAGCCCCAAAAGGAAAGAGCCAGUAAGUGCCCAGCUUUCAUCUCAGGAAUUAAAAAGCGGUGACCCUGAGAUGUACUACGUAUCAGAGAAAACAAGUCCAGCUGUCACGAAUUCAUCGCCACCUCUUCAGAAUCAAUCAAAGGGGUCAAGAGCGGCGAAUGACGGCAAAAACAACCUGCCUAAUUAUACGACAGCUGAGUCCAAAAGGAGCUCAAAAGACUCUAAUAGAGAAGAGAAAUCCAUGAAAUCCCCAAGCGGUUCACGAAAGGAGAUUCGUUCUCCAAAGAGCAGAAAAGACAGCUUUAGCAAUUCGAGCAGUCGGGGAAACUCCAUGCGUCGCGCCGCUAGCAUGUUCGCUCUGUGUUUUCCUGAUGAAAAAGAGCUUAAAAUGGAUGGAAGCCCCGUCCACUCCCAGAGCAGAAAGCAGAGGCAGAACUCCGAAAAAGGCGCCUCGCCGAGGAGAUCACCAGAGGAAGCCGAGACUCUGACUCCACGUGCACGGGCAUGUGUUCCCAGAGACUACCGGCACUACCUGGGCAUGACAGAUGAGACCAGCGUGCACACCUCCCUCGCCCCGGCUGGGGAGGACGAGGGGUCGGAAGGAAAGUCCAGGUAUGAGUUUGACCUGGACGGGCCGGUGAGGGCCAGCACUCCGGUGACCGUAGAGGAGCAUUACAGCAGGAGGGGCGGCAAACCGGGUCAGCGCCCCCUGUGGGCAAACAACAGCGGUUCAGAUGCAGGUCCGGAGUCAUCUGUGAGCAGUACGUCAGGCUCCUGGUCCAACUCCAGGAACAGUUCAAACCGUGAGAGCCAAAACCUUGUAAGGAAAGCUUUGAGACGAGCAGAAGCACGGCCUAAAAAUCUGACUAAAAGUUUGGAGGACAUCACAGCAUCCGUAUCACCACGACAAGAAAGAAGACAAGACUCAGCUGCUGACAAGAGACGCGUUAGUCAUGUUUCAUCCAUUCCGUCGCCGUCCGCAUCCUUAUUUUCGGAUCCGGAGCAACUGAAGAAGAUGAGCAAAUCGGUUCCUUCGUUCCUACAGAAGGAGGACGAUAGCGGAGACACUGACUCUGAGGACGGUGACCACCCAAGAAGACUAAGGACGGGCAGCUCUUUGAAUAACCUCACUGGCUCCUCUGGCAUGGCGUCUUUCUCUUCUCUGAGUGGAAGUGUGACGACCAUGUACAGCGGAGACUUUGGGAAUGUGGACGUUCAGGGAAACAUCCAGUUCUCCAUCAACUACAUCCAGAAACUCAGAGAGUUUCACAUCUUUGUGGUUGAGUGCCAAGACCUGGCUGCAGUUGACCCAAAGAGGGGCCGCUCAGAUCCGUAUGUCAAAAGCUACCUGUCUCCUGACAAAGCUAAUCUGGGAAAGAGGAAAACAUCUGUAAAAAAGAAGACACUGAAUCCAACUUACAACGAGAUCCUCAGAUAUCGUGUUCGCAUGGAGUACCUCAGAACCCAGACACUCAUUCUCUCAGUUUGGCACAACGACACCUUUGGCAGGAACAGUUUCCUGGGCGAGGUAGACGUGGACCUCUCCAAGUGGGACUUUAACCACACCCAGAUGAACUACUUAGCCCUGAAAUCAAGGACUGCACCCACUCUAGCGCCAUCACAUGGUCGAGGAGAGAUGAGACUAGCCUUACGUUUCCUGCCACAGAUCAUCCGCAGUGCAGGAUUCACUAAGGAGCAUCCAAACACCGGAGAGAUUCACAUUUGGGUGAAAGAAUGCAAGAACUUGCCUCUAAUCAGGGCUGCCAUCGACCCAUAUGUUAAGUGCUUUGUGCUGCCGGACACGAGCAGGAAGAGUCGCCAGAAGACACGUGUGCUGCGGAGGACAGUGGACCCAGCGUUUAACCACACGAUGGUGUACGACGGCAUCAGACAGGCUGAUCUACCAGAAGCCUGCGUGGAGCUCACUGUCUGGGACCGAGACAGGCUGGCCAGCAACCUGCUGGGGGGCCUGAGGCUUGGACCUGGAACAGGCAGAAGUUAUGGAGCACUGGUGGACUGGAUGGACUCAACUCCUUAUGAGGCGGCCCUGUGGGAGCGCAUGAUAGCCACCCCAAAUGAAUGGGUGGAGGAUAUACUCCCAUUAAGAGUGCUGAACUCUGCAAAAACUAGUUUCAAAUAACUAAAAGUGUACCACACUGCUAAAACUGCAAAUACAGUAUAUUUCUGAGAGGUAAAAACACUACCUACAUUAACAGUUUUAAAGAUUUAAACUGAGUCACGAAAAGUUUUCUAAGGAUUUCAAGUCUGAUGAAAAAUAAAGUAAAGACCCCAGUGUCUUUACUUUGGAAACAACCAUGUGAAGGUGUUUCUAACCUCCAAGGAUGCUCUAAGAAAUAAUAUUAGAAAACCAAAUGGUGGAAACAAACCCCUCUGGAGAGGGAGUUGUGUAUAAAUCAGACACUGGCUCCGCUUUGAGCUUUUGUUUGGGAAGAAAAGAUGAAAUAUAAGACACCUGCUAGUCUAUGUGUUGGCUUUUGCCUUUUCUAACGGUGUUCAAACAAGAAUGUUACUGCACAAUAAGAAGCACUGAGGCACCCAGGGAAACCAUACAUCAAUCAUACAACAAUAAACCCCACAUUAAACCAACCAAGACUCACAUUUAACAAAGGUAACAACAUACAAAGAAAACCCCAGGCAAGUCUGGCAGAACAUCUGUUGAUAGGCUUUAAUUAAUAUCCACACAAGCAUGUGAAUAAAGGUGUAAUACCCACAGUUGUACCAGAAUCUACAUUUAUAUCCUUUAACACUUUAUACUGUACAGUAUGUCUCAGGUACACCAUUGUUGUUAGUUGCUCCCAAUGUGCAACACACCCAUUUACUCCCUAAAUAUGUCAUGAGCCAAAUUAUCUAUAGCUUUUUGUGAGGCUAAUAUUAACCAACAUGUGAUGGCAAAACAGCUGUAACAAUAAAACAUGUAAAUAUUCACUUACGCGGCUGUAUCUUCUCAGACUAUUAUUUUGACAGUAUUGUUACAUAUCUAAUUUGACAGCAUAUAGUAUGUGACAUGUGAUGAACUGGUGCACUUAAUCAUAUUAAAAAAAUGGGAUUAAAGAAAUGAAAGAACAA